AUGGUUGUCCUGGAAGACAUAACCUGUGGUGACCUGAAUACAAAGCUAUUACAAGCAGCCAACCAAAUGAUAACAAGGCUUCAUUAUCCUUUCUCUGUUCAUGUUCAUACAAUACGAGAACUAAAGGAUAUGCUUAGACUGAAAGAAAUUAUAAAUAUAAGCACCGUUUUCAUUUCGACCUCAUGUGACGUUUUAACGAGUAAGAGGCUACAGACAUUAGCUCCACAACUCCACCUACCGGUAUUAACUGUAACCAAGAAGUGUUGGAGUGGCAUGAUUUCUGAAAGAGGUGCUUUCAAUGACAAAUUCGUGCAUCUCGUGAAUGACUUGUUUAAAAGCAGCAAAAUCCGAGAUGUCAUUUUCCUACGUGGAUAUUACCAUGAAGUUGAAGACCUCCUUACGAAACAUAUAUGGAACAUGGGUAUUCGCUCGGUACAGAUAAACGUUGAUUCAUGGCAGUCCAGUGGAACGAAUGUUUUACAUCAUGUUGUCGAUUUUUUGCUAAGCCUACACCUUGAGCUACAUAACACAAUGUUGAUCAGUUUAACCCGAAGUCUUCUGUCCACAGUAAUAACAUCACAGCUUCUCUAUGAAAACGUCCUGAAACGAAAAGUUAGUUUUUUACUUCUUGGUAAUCCUCAUGCAUGGUUAACCCAUCUCCAUCGAAUACAGGAUUAUGAGCUCCAACUCACACUUAUCAGUGAUUCAUCGACCAAUUCUCCAAUUUGCGAAGUUAUGCAGAAUACAGAAACAAGAGAAAUCCAUAGGUCUUCAAAUUUCAAGAAACUUCUAGGAGAAUCAACGAUAAUGGCAAUUCAG